AGGAGUGCAUCCAAUGCUCAACAAAUUGGCAGUGGGAAAGAUCAGUAAAAAUUAAAAAAACUAGCACACAGUACUAAAGUAUAGAUUCCUGCACGAUUACCAGGCUGGUGAAAUGAGGUCUCCGUUGCUUUCCCCAUCUCUCGUGCUGUUAGCAGCCGGGCUAGUGCUGUUAGCCACCCAGCUAACUCACGCCCACUCACAUUCCCAUGACCACCACGGCCACACCCACUCCCAUGGUCACCACGGACACUCGCACGGCAAUGGUGGUGGUUGUCACGGGCACUCGCACGGUGGGCACGGUGUAAAGAUGCACCACGGGGCGAGUAAAUGGAGUGCCGAAGCCAAUUUACCCCCACCUGAGGAGGAUGCAUUCCACGACCACGCACAUGACCACGACCACGGACACGCACAUGACCACGACCACGGACAUGCACAUGACCACAACCACGGACAUGCACACGACCACGACCACAGACACGCACAUGACCACGACCACGGACACGCACAUGACCACGACCACGGACACGCACAUGACCACGGUCAUACUCACACGCAUGACCAUGGACACAGUCACGGACAGGAGCAGGGCCAUGGUGCUGAACGCGUGAAGAGGGAGACACAGGGAGAGAAACGAAACAUGGUAGAACUCUGGAUGCAGGCUGUCGGUGCCACACUGCUGAUCAGCGCUGCUCCUUUCCUCAUCCUCUUUCUCAUCCCAGUCCAGUCCAACACUGACCAACACCAGAACCUCCUGAAGGUUCUGCUGAGCUUUGCCUCCGGUGGGUUGCUAGGAGACGCGUUCCUGCAUCUGAUCCCUCAUGCUUUGGAACCCCACUCUCACCAUGGAGACGAUGCUCACGGCCACGCCCACGAUGGCGGUGAGUCCCAUGGCCACUCUCACGGGGCAGCCCAUGGUCACAUGAUGUCUGUGGGAUUGUGGGUACUGGCCGGAAUCGUGGCUUUCCUGGUGGUGGAGAAGUUUGUGCGUCUCUUGAAAGGAGACCACGGGCAUGGCCACGGGCACUCUCACUCCCACGCGGCUGCUAAAGUGAAAGACAGUGAUGGAGAGGAGGAGAAGGAGGAGGGACAGAAGGGAAAGAAAGAAGACAAAAGCGCCUCAGACAAAAAGCAAACGAAAAAAGCAGAUGAAAAGGGGACAGACAUUAAAGUCUCUGGAUACUUGAACCUAGCCGCUGAUUUUACGCACAACUUCACGGACGGUUUGGCCAUCGGCGCGUCUUUCCUGGUUGGCCCGGCGGUUGGCACGGUGACCACACUGACCAUUCUCCUGCACGAGGUACCACAUGAGAUUGGCGACUUUGCCAUCCUCGUCCAAUCAGGAUGCACCAAGAAGAAGGCCAUGUGUCUUCAACUCCUGACUGCUGUUGGUGCAUUAGCUGGCACUGCCUGCUCCCUAUUGGCUGAGGGAGUGGGGGCGGCAGCCACCGCCUGGAUCUUGCCCUUUACAGCGGGAGGCUUUGUUUACAUUGCUACGGUUACGGUUCUUCCUGAGCUGCUGGUUGGUCGGUCCAGUCUCGGCCAGUCGCUGAUGGAGAUUCUGGCUCUGCUGUUUGGGGUGGGAAUGAUGGUGCUGAUUGCAGAGUAUGAAUGAUGGAGAGAUCGAGAAAGAGAGAGAGAGAGAGAGAUUGUUAAAAAGGUUUGAAAGAUAUUUCAGAGACUCAGGAAAAAGGGUAAUUGGAGAGUGAGUGUUUUUAUAGUUACAAUUGAAAACUGAACAGAGAGAGAAUAUAACAUAUGAAAGUCUGAAUGAAGAGAACUGCACUAAAUGGCCCAAAGACCACAUACAGUAACUAUGGAACUUUUUUUUUUUUAAUGAAUUAAUUCUUCUUGUCAUUACUUUUGAAACCCACAGUACAAAGGGGUCGGUAGUUUGUUGUUCGUCAAUAAAUCAUAAAAUUGAUAUGGCCGGUGUGAACCUGGCAUUGUGGGAAUUGUAGUCCACCAUGAAAAGCCCGUUUUAUUUUCUACAGUGAAAAAAAUGGAGAGCGAAGAACUCUCAUCUUGCUACAAGAUUUGGCUGUGUUUAUUUUUUUUUUUCUCUGCGGUGCUUGCCUGUGGUGAAACAGUUCUGUCCGUCUAAUGAACCCUGUGUUACUGAAGCCAGCAAGCAACACCAAGUUUUCUACAGUUUACAUUCUCAUUUGAUUGUGUUGACAGAAAUAUCACAUCAAUACUCAACACCUGUAGAUGAUUACACUUUUUACAAUAAAAAAAAAAUUAGCUAUCUUUUUUUGGACGAUUAAC